UCGCACAGUUAGACCCACCGUGGCUCAGGUGAGCAGCAUGACAAAACCAGCGCGCACCAAACAGGAAGGAGCGCAGAGGCCUGGAAUUUUAUCUGCCGUUGCACCACUGUGACCGCUGCAGACCAGGUCACCUGCAGCCUGUUGUAUCCAUCUCUGCAGGGACAGAAAAAUAAAGAUAAGAUAAAGGGAAGUGAACAUUGACCGGCUGAACCCUCGUUCUAUCUACAGGCUGAGCAGCUUUUGUUUUUCAUACCGGCUGAACAACCAGGACAAAUGCAGAAAACUAGCUCAUUCAGUACAGUUAAAGAAUACGUCUCUAAGAUGUAAACUUUACUCCUCAGUUGGGGAUAUCUGGAAAAAAAAGGAGGGGGGGGGAGAAGAGGAGAACUGCUUUAAGAAACCGUAUCUGUAUUUGAAGUAUGAGAAACAAACAGGAGAGCUGUUUGUAUAAAGCAGCUCUAAUUGAAAGCUUUUGAACAGUGAAUACAAACAGUCGCAGGAAUGACCUUUCCAGAGUGAAAUGUUAUCCCUCACAUGCACCUUAACAGCAGGAAGUCGCCAUACACACAGUUCCCCUUCACGUCACCGUAGACUUAUGAUCCCUGAGAUAAAGGGCAGAUCCCUUUCUCUGGAAGAAAAGUAAUGUGCCGGCUGCGGACUGGGAUGCAAGCAGAAAGUGUGUGCUGGUGACCGAAAUAGAAGAGGAGGACAUGCAACAUCUGGGGAAGAAUCAAGGGGAGCAUUAGAAGGAUGCAAAUAGAGAAAGCUGGACAGUUUCUCAGCGCUUUGUGCCAGAUCUUUUACGCAACACAACAAACUUGAGCAACUUUCCUGGCUGUUUUCCAUGGGAUCACAUCCAAGACUCAUUGAAGCUGACCCUCCUGGGAGGUCCAUUUAGACUGAGAAUAAUACUUCAAGAAGAACAAAGUAAGAGCACGCUUCUUCCGUCAGAUUUCAGCUGACAACUUUUGGAGGGAUUACUGCUGAAAGGGGAGCCAUGACUCGGGGCAACAACCCGGAACGCUGAGCCGCCUCUUUCUCUUGUCUUUCCUCAGUGUUUUCUUGAAAUAUAUUUGCUGCUCGCCAGUAAGGACUAAAAGAGACAGAAGGAAGACACACAAAGACACUCUUACUGUGUGUCACAAUGGAGAAGGGACAUUUGUCCCUCCAGAGAGGGGUGAGCUGGAGUCCAGGAGGCUUGACUAAACCUCUCCCGGUGCAGGAGGACAUGCACACCUCCGAGACAGACUACAACGCAUCAUGGGAGAAGACGGGAUUCAACAAAGAGCGCACGAGCCGGAAGACAAAUCUGACCAGGAGCGCCAGUCUAUCAGAGACGGAGCUGAAGGAGAACCGUGUGAGGAGUCAGAUCAUCGCUGCUCAGCUCACCAUCCCCUCCAACGCCAGCUCCACCUCCAGGGGUGUGCAGCUCUUCAACCGGCGCAAGCAGAGAGUCAGCGCCUUUACAUUUGAAAGCGGUGGGCAGAAUUCAGAAGUGGAUAAAGAUGAGAAUGUGAAAAGCAGCCCCGUGCCCAACAAACUAACAUGGGCAGAGCGGAGCAGUGAGGAGAAGGACAGAGAGCUGAACUUUCAGAACAUCAAGCCGCUCUGUUCGCCACCUGUAUACCACUCUGUAGGGGAUAUCAUGGAGGAGCCCAUCCAAGAUUUCCACAAACAAAACAUGGACAACAAUGUUAUCCAAGAGAGACAUUUCCUCCCCGUCAAGGAGGAGCAGGAAGAAGAGGAAGAUGUAAGAGAUGAGAUUAGUGCGGAGUUGGAGGACAACGUUAAACAGGAAACUCCAGGAAGUAAUAACGCUGAUCCACAUGUGGCGAAGCAGGGUGAAACGGGGACAGAGACAAAUGGGGGCCACACUCCUGGAAACCUUCUUAAUGGCUGUAAUAGCACCUUUGGACCUGAGAGGAUGUCGUUACCCUCGUCCAAGCAGACCAUCAUCAACAGAACUGCCAGACCCUUCUUCUCACCGCCCACAGUGCGUUCUCCCGAAGCAGAGAGCCCUGUCAUGGACAUCCCCAGCCCUCCAUCCUAUUCCACUCCCCCCCUCCCUGCUUCCACUGUCCCACAACCUGCUGCGUUCGCACCUCUGCCUCCACCUCCGUCAUAUCCCACACCUCCUCUGCCGGCCUUCACAAACCAACCCCCACAGACUUUCUACUCUCCUCCACCUCCAAUCCCUCCUUCCAUGUCUCCUGGCUCUCCUCCACCAUCCAUAUCCCAGUUUGGGCCUCCCACAGCCCCAAAGCCCUCUUCCUUUGUUCCUCAGCCUGCUGGAGAGAGAAAGGCAAUGGCGCCACUCAAAACAGGGAUACUUCAAGAAGGUCUAGCUAGGAGGGCAGGUAAAAAGUCAAUGUUCACAUUCAAAGAAAAAACAGUGGUAGCUCCAAACCCUGAGCUACUCUCUCUGGUCCAAGGGGUGGAUGAGAGGAAGAAACAUGGAAACAGAUCUGCACCGGAGCCGGCCUCUGAAGAAGAGUUACUGGCCUUAGGUGCAGAGGCCUCCAACUUCCUUGUCGAAAAGAAAGACAAGGCACAAGGGGCGACUGCUCCAGAGUGGGCCUCCUGUCUCAAAAGUUCAAGGACCCGGCCGCGGCCAGAGCAUCAGCCAGAGCAGACUCUCUCGAAUGUUUCAGGAAAAGGCGCUGAGCUGUUUACCAAGCGCCAGUCCAGGAUGGAGAAAUAUGUGGUUGAGAAUCAAAAUACUGGACAAAUUAGGUCUCCGUCUCCUACGAUGUCUCUUCCACCGUCUUGGGUUUAUGCAUCAAACAUGCCUGGCAGGGUUAAAGCCAUCGCUAAGAGCUCUGACGUCGGUGCGCAGGUUUCACAGAAUCUAAAGGCCCAACAGGCAGUCAGACAAAAACCAAAGCCAGAAGCUGCAGCACCAGAGCCGGUUCCAGAAACAUGUCCCUUGGAAAAUGGUUGCUCCAAGUUAGAGAUGGACCUCUCAAGGCACCGGCCCUACCAGAUUAACUCUUCUCUCUUCAUCCUUAACCCAGUCAAAGACCCACUUAGUUCUCUCCCCAGAGGAGCACCACAGGCCAAAACCGUACUCUCCACCCCGACCUUCUCCAGACAGACCUCUCAACCUAACCGCCCCCUUCCCAACUUUGGUACACAAAGAAUGUCUCCUCAGCUGCCUCUCAGCCCUACAGGAGCACCAGAGUACCCGGCACAUCUGGUUUCUGCACAUGCAAGGAUCAGUUCUCCUAUGUCUGCCCUUUCUCCAGAGAGAGUAUCCUCUCCUCGGUCAGGAGUGCAGGCACCGAGGCCCACUUUUUCUGCCACGAAGGCAGGAAUUACACCACAGGCAUCAAAGGAGUCCUCACCUGGUGGCGUACCCAGUGAGACACCCACACCCACCAGUACACCCAGACUUCUCAGACGUUUCAGCAGCCCAGAGGGCCCAGCCACUGGAAUCAGGUUUUCCUGUAAAGAGUCCAACCAACCUUCCGCCACCAUCAGUAGCUCCAUCCGUUCAGUCACGUCCCCUGUCACAUCUCCUGGUAGUACAAGAUCCCAUUCCCCUAUGCCCCACGAGAACAUCCACUUUUCCGCGGUCAACCCCACCUCUGCACCGAGACCUCCUGAAACAGCCACAACCCCCUCUCCCUGGUCUCCUCCAUGGGGUUCAAGAUGUCAGUCCCCAAUGGUCAACCGCUCCUCCACCACCUCCUCCAUUUCUGCCUUCAAAACCCCCGAAAUCUCCAAAACUCAUUCUCCUAUUUCUCCGCCUUGGAGUUCAAGAUGCCAGUCCCCAAUGGCGAGCCAUAAUAACAAGUCACCCAGUGCUAGCUCUUUUACCACAUCCAGACCCUCCCUGACAUCUACAGUCACUUCCCCAUGCUCUCCUCCUUGGGGAUCAAGAUGCCAAUCUCCAGCGGCGAGCCAGAACACCCAGAUCUCCUUUGCCGCUGUUUCCGCAGCCACGCCCUCCCGAAUAUCUGCAGCCCCGUCUCCUGCCUGUCCUAACUGGGGCUCACGUUCCCAGUCUCCUUCAGUUUUUCAAAGCAAAUUGUCCUUUUCUUCCACUAAAGCCAUGCACACACCCUCUCCCACAUCUCCUGCACAGCCCACGGACGCUCGCUGUAUGUCUCCCACUGUUAAUAACCUAGACUCUAAAGCCAACCAUCGCCUCCUGGCAAAAAAUAUCAUCAAUGCUGCAAAGCGUAAAAACAGCCCUUCACCCGGGGCCCUGAGUGGUCACAGCCUCCCUAUCUCACCUGUGGGAAACUCCCAGCAUGACUGGCACAAACCGCCGACCAGCAGCUCCCAGUCACGGGCGCUGGGUGCGCAGUCCCCUACCUUCACCAGCCCUCCUCCCACUCCAACUCAAAGAAUUUGCUCUCCGGUUCGGCUCUACAACACCCGUUCCCUGACCGACUCGGACGCCUCUGUUGAGUCGGAAGAUUCAGGCCUUCGGUCGCCCGGCCUACUUUCCUACAACACCUGUCCGCGCGGUUGGGGAGGUAGCCUGAGGAUCAAGAGAAACACCGUCUCCACCGACUUAUGAGAGCGGGGACAGUUGUCAAAUGCAAAAUCAGCUUUCGUAAUCCUGUGUGGCAUGGAAUCUCCAUAAACGUUGUAUCAAGGUAGUUUUAGUACUUUAUAUGGUUCACACUCCUAGUAUGGACCGACAAGAACAAGCUUUGUAUAAAACACAGUUGCUGUGGCUUGUACGCUUCUUACAUACAGUACCAAAAAAAUGCCAAGACUCAAAUAACCAAAGAUAUUUAAAUCCUCUUUAGAUUAGUAUUAUACUUUUCAAACAAACUCUCACCGUCAUUGCUGCAUUCAAACAACGUUCAAUGGAAGAAUUGCCUUUAUCACAUUUUAAAUCACAUUGAGGAGAGACUUAAGGCACAUCAAAACAGUCAUAACUGCACAGUUUAGUGCUUUUUGAUAGCAAUUUAGUUCAGUCUUCGAUUUCUUUUAUUUGUAUGACACCUGUCUAUCACAAAAAAUCAUCUCAAGGCACUUUAAAAAGAAAGCAAACGUUCAAUACAGUCAAAUCCAUUACAGGUCAAUACAGUCCAGCCAUAUCCCACUUCGGUCAAUUCCUUGUAAUUCAUUUAAUCCAAUUCAUUCCAAUUGAGUCCAGAUUUCCCAGUUGCUUGUAUAAAAAGAAGAAGAACAAACUCCAGCAGAAGCAGACUCAGGGAGGGCAGCCAUUUCCCUUGACCGGUUGGAGGUAUGAGAUGACAGAAACAAGAGGCUAACAAACACAGACAGGUUAGUCCACACAUGCAGAACUUUCCAAAGGUCUACAUGUGUUACAGUGGCUGUGGCAUUCUGACAUAAGGUCUGAUUAAUUAUGCAGCCAGUCUGCACAGAACUGGGAAAAAUGAGAUUGCAUCAUUUUUCCAAUACAAAAACAGCCAAGCUGCAUCAUCGUGUAUGGUAAUGGAUUACACCAGUUCAUCAUCCACUUCAGCGAAAACAGAGUAAAUGACUUUAUGAAUAAUCACGGUGCAAUAACCAGUUUAACAAAGUGUGUAUACGUUGAAUAAGUACUGCAUUUGAUAGAAAUGAAUGUACGUUUUACAGAAAGGUUUUGAAAGAAUGUGAGAGAAAAAACAAGAAAGGUGUGGAGGGUAAGUGAGGCGUCAAAAAAAAGCCUGUUUAAUCACGCACUGUUCUCAUGCUUCAAGAGAAAGAAUUCAAAAUUGUUGAUUUUUUUUUGUGUGUGUAUUUGCUUUUUUGCUUUUACUGAUCACCAAAAGUCAUAAUUAUUUUUAAGGCAAGGCAAGGCAAGGCAAGGCAAGUUUAUUUGUAUAGAACAAUUCAACACAAGGUAAUUCAAAGUGCUUUACAUCAACAUUAAAAAAACAAAUCAUUUAAUAAGGACCAGAUAAAUCAUGUCAUACAAAGGACUUGUUUGCAUGAGGUUUGAAAGCAAAGAUGUAUGUGGCAGAUGUAGAGAUGGUGGAAAAUGUUUAAUUUAUGUGAGGAAAUGAGGGCCAAAAGAAUGUUGUACGUGGUGAAGUGUUUGUCAAAUGUCAAAAUGAUAUAUAGGACAGUUACAUUUAAAUCUCUAAUGUACAUUCUCUAUAACUUCUAAAGUUUCUUUUUAUACUUGAUUUGCUCUUGUGGUCUUUAAUUUCAACAGUUAACUUGGCAUUCUAUUAAAAAAAAAACACACAAAAACAACAAAAAAGUGAUUUACGCAAAGAGGUAACUCAAGCAAACCGAUGUCUCGUCAACGUGUGAAACUAAGACCGGCGCUGGACCAAAACACCACGCUGCCUUAAAGCCGGAAAUGAACUGCAAACAUAGCUACUGCCAAUGCUGUAUUUCUGUUUCAACAGCGGAACCAUGUUACAACGUUCUCAUCUUGCUCAGUUCUGCACCAGCACAACAGAUCCCGUCUCCGGGCCCCGAGUCACAGGCCAAAAGCUUCGGCACACUGCUAAACAUUUACCAUGUGUAUCUUUUGAGUGACAGGAACUCCUGCUACUCGGUGACCUUGCUCUCUCAGCAAGAUUAGGCCUAUCGCUGUCAUGGAUUGAUUUCAACCUGGGUCACCUCUGGACAAACAGCAGACAUCCUCAAACACAGGAAACUAAAAUAUCAGUGCAUCUUUGCUUGCUGGCAGGUUUUAUGGUUCUGCAAUUUCAUGUCAACAUUUCUUUAUUACAACUCAUGUUUCAUUCCAUAACCAAGAUUUCUAAAUGAACUAAUAAAAAAUCAAACAUCA